AUGGCACUAUAACGCUUAAUAAGGUAGAAGACGUAAACAGUGAAUCAAGCAAGAAAGGGAAAGAGGGCAUUGAGAAAAGGAGCCCAACUUCAAGACAGCCAUCAAAUGCUCGUGGACGUCCCCAGCAGCAAGGACUCUCACAAUUCACAAACAACAUUGACGAAGGAAAUCAAGAUGAAAAACCUUGCCAAGAAUCUUCUGAGUUCAAGUCUGAACAAAGCACUUCAAACGAGCAGCCUGUAGAUAAUCAGGAGAAGCGCAAUGACAAUUCCACCUCCCAAACAGAGAGGAGUGGGAGCCGGUCGGAAGAGAGUCAGCAACAAUUGGAAACAUCUUCAAGCCAAUCGUCAGAAAACCAAGAUCAUUCAGAAAGCUCUCAAAGCCAGUCGGAGAGUUCUUGUGAUCAGUCAGAGAGUUCUCCUGGCCAGUCGGAGAGAUCUCGCGGCCGGUCAGAGAAUUCUAAUGAGCAGUCUGAGACAUCGUGUGACCAGUCAGAGAGAUCUUGGGCCCAAACAGAAAGAUCUCGUGGCCAACUAGAGAAAGCUCGUGAUCAGCCCGAGAGAUCUCGUGCCCGAUUAGGGAGAGCUCAUGACCAGCCAGAAAGAUCUCAUUUCCAAAUAAAAAGAUCUCGUGGCUACCCAGAAAGAUCUCAUAGCCGAUCCAAGAGAUCUCGUGGCCACACUGAGAGAUACCACGGUCACUCAGAGAGGUCUCGUGAUCAUUCAAAGAGAUCUCAUAACCAAGGAGAUAUCCCGUCCCAUCAGGGAGAUCUCCUGUCCCGUCAGAGAGAUCUCACUUCCCAUCAGGAAGAUCUUUCCCAUCAGAGAGAUCCUAUUUCCCGUCAAGGAGAUCUCCUUUCCCGUCAGGGAGAUCCUAUUUCCCGCCAAGGAGAUCUCCUGUCCCGUCAGGGACAUCUCAUUUCCCGUCAAGGAGAUCUCCUUUCCCGUCAGGGAGACCUUAUUUCCCAUCAGAAAGAUCUCCUGUCCCAUCAGAAAGAUCUCCUGUCUCAUCAGGGAGAUAUUUCCCAUCAGGGAGAUCGCCUGUUUGGUCGGGGAGAUCUGUCUCAUCAGGGAGAUCUCCUUUCCUGUCAGGGAGAUCUUAUUUCCCGUCAAGGAGAUCUCCUGUCCCGUCAGGGAGAUUUCAUUCCCCAUCAGGGAGAGCUCCUGUCCCAUCAGAGAGAUCUUAUUUCUCCUCAGAGAGAUCUCAUCUCCUAUCAGGGAGAUAUCAUGGCCAAUCAGGGAGAUAUCGAAGAUACUCACCAGUAGAAAGAUUCAAAACACCCAAAUUUGAGUCUGAAUUUG